GGGAGCUGGGCAGUUAGACACACAGCCAGGCUAACGUGCGGCUGGACAGAGCUCAGAGCAGAGAGGAGCGAGAGGGACAGAGCGCUUCCUUUAUGUGGCCUCCUCCUCGUCAUUAGCGAGCCUCGGCGAGACGGAGCAUCGCGAUUUUUCACGGCCAUUAAAGUCCUUCUUAAGGUUACCCGCUUCUUCUGGGACUUGGGAUGCUCGUAUGUGCGACCCGCGCAGCGUGGAAGAAAGGACACUUUUGAGUGUGCAGGAUUGUAUUUGCCGCUAUUUCCCUUCCACGAUGCUCGAGCUCCGGUCAUCUCGUCCACAUUCAAGCCUGAGCGGUUGAGGCUCUGCGCGGCCAAGGACAAGACGGACACCCAUAAAAGCAGAAAUGGAUGGCAAUAUGGGAGAGAUGUCAGUUCACAGCCAUGUGGAGCUUGCACACAGUCAGGACAGUCGUGCAAUGUUACACUCAAGAGACCUCUCUGCCGCCUUCCCACGUCCCUCUCUGGGAGGCCACCCCAUGGGACUGGAACAUGAGCACAGGAGCCCUGGGUACGAGUACAGCAUGUCGACGCUGGGGUAUGGCAGGGACACCCCCACAAGCGGUGGUAGCACCUACACCACGCUGACCCCUCUCCAGCCAUUUGAUGACAAAUUUCACCAUCACCACCACCCCUGCUUACCGGUCAGUAAUGUCAUCGGUAGCUUUACGCUCAUGCGAGAGGAUAGGGGGCUUGGAGGAAACUUCUAUAACCCUUAUGGCAAAGACUUGAGCAUGGCACAGAGUCUGUCUCCACCACUGGGCAGCUCAGGCCUGGAGACAGCCAUGCAUGGUUACGGCUCAAUAGGCAGCCAGAAUGGACACAGUGGCCAGAUGCUUGCAAGCAGCCAUGAUGUCCAUAUGGGCAGCAACGGGGGGAACAUAUUCUGCCGAACAGCAACAGACUUUGGGAGGGAAAUGUCACCACCCUCGCUGGUCGGAGAGCAUGGGGUCAGCCACCAGCUAAGCAAGAUGGACACCCACCAGCACGCACCCACCUACCACCCCCACAUCUACACCCAGAGCUACCAACACCACCAUCACAGCCAGCAAGCCUCUAAGCUGGGAGAACUCCCUGGCUCUUCCCCCUCCUCCUCGUCGUCGUCCUCCUCCAGCUCCAGUCUGGCCAGGGAGAGCAUGCUGGCUGGCUCCCAGAGCAAUGGGGCAGGGGAGGAGAUCAACACCAAAGAUGUGGCCCAGCGGAUCAUCACAGAGCUGAAGAGGUACAGCAUCCCGCAGGCCAUCUUCGCCGAGAGGGUGCUGUGCAGGUCUCAGGGCACCCUGUCCGACCUGCUCAGAAACCCCAAGCCCUGGGGCAAGCUCAAGUCCGGCCGCGAGACCUUCAAGAGGAUGUCCCGCUGGUUACAAGAGCCAGAGUUUCAGAGGAUGGCGUCGCUGCGACUAGAAGCAUGUAAGCGCAAAGAGCAGGAGUCAAAGCAGGAGAGGAACCAGGGGCCUAAGCGCACUCGGCUGGUCUUCACCGACCUGCAGCGGCGUACACUGAUGGCCAUCUUCAGGGAGAAUCAGCGGCCUGCCAAAGACCUGCAGGUGACCAUUGCGCAGCAGCUUGGACUGGAGCUUUCCACCGUCAGCAAUUUCUUCAUGAAUGCUCGCAGAAGAAACCUCAACCGCUGGAGCGAAGAGGGACGCCCAUCCUCCACCGGCUCUUCAGGGUCCAGCACCUCCUCCCCUGCCGUCUCCUGCACCACGGCGUGAUGGGAGACUGCUGCGGUUCUUCACAGCACAGAGCAAGCUCUAACGUCUCUGCUGCCAAUGGAGGUUUUUUGUUUAUUGUUUCUUAAAUCAGAGGUGUUUUUUACACAGGAAUCAAAGAACAAGUGAAACCAAAGAUAAAACACUACAGAAUGAGAUAGAAUUUGACGUAGUUCUCAGUGUUGAAUCGAUACUUUAGCUUUAAUUUGGAAUAGAGGCCAAUGAGUUCCUUAACGGAAGAAAUCACAUCUGACUUUAUUUAAGUGAGAUUGGUGCAGUGAUUUACUGAUCAGUCUUGUUUGGUGUCAUCACUUCUGCAUAAUGCAGGAAUCAGAAGUAUCAGUAUUUUGCAAAUCAAGACAGUUUUUGCCCAAAUGGUUGGAGCAAUCUUAGUUUCCUAAAAAUGGAAAGACAGUUAUGACCAAAGAGAAAUACCAAAAGAAUGAUGAAUGGUGUUUUUUCUUCUUCUUCUUAUUCUUCUUUGUCUUCUUCGUCUUCUUUUUUCUUUUCUUUCUUUUUUUUCCCUUUAGAAAUAACUGAAUGCUGUAACCCUGUAUGUUGAUUUUUUAGGGGGUUAUUUCAUACUGGAUAGUUUAACGACCUGAUCAGCUUCGAACAAAAGCUACAGCUCGCUCUCUGAUUCUGCUGCCCAGGGUUCUGUGUGGAGAUAGCCAGAGCCUGUGAGCAGAACUGAACAGCAUCCUCCCAAAGCAAACAAUGAGGCUGAAUCCUACGGGGACGAAAACAGAUCUGGAGGAGGAAGGAGGAGGGGCAGUGGAUGCGUUUUUUAAGAGAACCCUCAAAAGGACUGAUCGAUUGAUUGGUGAACCUCAUGGGAGCUGCUGCAGAGAAAUACAGGCAAAGUACAAAGAGGAAUCCUGAGUCCUCUGCAGAUGUACAGUGAGCACCAGUUGUCUGUAUUUGUGAUUUUGAGAAAACUCCUGUAGAUCCAUUGCAAGAUGUUUCUUGGUGCUCACAUUGGACGGCAGAGAAAUUUGUCCCUAGGUCUUGGUUUUGUACAAAUUUCAAGCACACAAGCCCUGGUGGAUCACAGGUUGUUGGUUGUUCAACCUCAAAGACUGGAUGUCUAUCAAUCCCCAAAGAAACAAUGACGACAACAAAAAAUCUUGUUUGUGACUUGAGCUUAAAUCUGACAUGAACUCUUAAAUUCACUAUUUAUGGUUUUAUAAUUAUUUAUGUAUUUAUUUCCUCACUUCUGGUUAUUUAUUUGCUAAGUAUUGUAAGUAUUUAUUUCAUUACGUGUUGUUUGUCCUAUGAACUUGUCUCUGAUGGGAGUCCCAUCACGAUACCAAAGAUGAAGGUUUGUCCUCCCUGAAUGUAGGCUUUGAUGUCAUUUGUCUCUGUAACUGGGCUAGUGUUCCAGCCAUCCACUUGGAAAGAUUCACAUGCAGUGCAUGUCUAAAGCCAGAGCUCCUGAACUAAAGUAGGAACCACACUCAGUUUUAGUCUGACUGUGGAGCUUCUUUGUCUAUGUUAGUUGUGUCCAAAUCCAGUCCUGAAGCCCUGCACAAAUUUUAAUGCUUACCCCAUUUUCCGUGGACUGAAUUUAGUCAGUGCUGAAUAUAUGAUGUGAUCGCUUGUGUUCAGUCCAGAUUCACACACAUCCACAAGAGGCCUGUAACUUUGGUUGACGUGUUGAGCAGUGAUAUGCAGAGCCAAGGGUUCAGGGGUGAGAGCGUGGCAGGGCCGUUUUGGCCACACUCGCGUGUGUCACACCGUCUUUAACCUUCGCAGGGCGUGAAGCGAGGCCCCUUCACAGCACGCACUUGAAAGAGGGACCAUGAAAGAGGCCAUCGACUUUUGCUGACAUGAAAGAGGCCCUUUUUAUCUAUGUCCUGUUGGAGGCUGGGGCCGGAGCUCGCCGCUCACUCAGCCAGACCCAUGGGUUUAGGGCAUUCAAAGGGGAGGGCAGAUCAGAGAAGGACUGCAUUACCAAACCAAGGGGAGGUGAGUUGGGAGGGAGUGCUGGAGAGUGUGAAUUAAACUUUAAUGAGUAACAAUUGUAAGCGUGCUGUGAGCAGAGCAAAGGGUGUCUGCUGCAGCGCAUGUGUUAACACUCGGUGCAGCUCCUCCUGGUUACUGGUGUUUGAUUAAGGGUUUGAGUGCUUUAGCCACAGUGUAGUUCUUAUGGUAGAUAAAGUUUGCAUUUGGCAUCUCUGAGCCAACACUGCCUUGGAGCUGGAAGGAUGCUUUAACAGUAAUGUAGUCUGUGAGACCCCCUAGUGGUUGAAGAGUCUGCUCAUUCCGUAGAAGGAUAUCUGUAUGAUGAUGGACCAGGCUGAGCUGGUGAAACUGGACAGGACAGUGUGAGGGAUGUUCUGAGCUUUAGCAUGUAUGUGCUGAAUACAUUUACCUAUUGUUAAUGUCUCUUAACUUUGUCUUUACACAUACGUGAACACAACUGUGUGGAUGGAUGCUGGAACAAUGAUUUCCCCCACUUAUGUUCUGACUACUGCUGUACAUGUGUAAAUUACUGAGGACUGCAGAAAAAUAAUUCUCCAUUCUCUCCAUUGAAGCAACAAGUCUAUCCCUUACCCUACUUCUGAAGAGUUCAUCUACCUCAAUUGUGUGUGGUGUAGCUGAGAUGUAACUGUACCAAAGAUCCCAUGCAUUCAGGGAGAGUUUGUGUCUCAUCUUUUCUAACCAAAUGUGCUGGAAUCAAUCUGUAACCACUAAGUCACACUUUUUACCUACAGACAGAGAAAGCUUACCUACAAGUGAAAGCAUUAGAUAAUGUUUGUGUGUGAACAGGGAAAUAAAACAUAAGUGCAGAGACCAAAUGGGACAAUCGAAGCAAGAGAUGCUGGUCUUGCUGUGCUCAUGAUUAAUUUUCCUUCCUCCGAACAAGUAUAACCAAUUAAAAUAAAAACAACCAGGAAUUGGUAUUGAAAUAAAUCAGUUCUUUAGCCAAAUACUGUAAAUGCAUCUUCAGUGUUCAACAUAUUAUAUCCACUUGAUUUCAUUGUAAUUUGUCUUGCUAGAAUAAUUUUAGAAGGAAAAUGUAAAAGUUACAUUUACAUAAUCUGUCAUUUAUGAAGAACUGAUCUUUUACCCAGUAGGACAAAAAAAAAGUUACAUCAGUCAUGAAGACAUUUCAGCCUAUAAUUUACCUGGUAAAAAGGUGUUUAGUAUUGUGAACCCUAAAUCGCAUAAGUCACAGGUAGCAGAAAGCUUUAAAACCAUUGCCAUUCAUCCUGUUUGUGUCUUAUUUUAGCACACCAGUCUGUCAGUCAUUGUGCCAUUCUCUCCUCAUGUUAACCUAUGAAUGUGGCUAACCAACCAAAGGCUUAAAUCAUGACAGUCUACAUGUCAAUCAUAACUGGAUGUUGUGUACCAAUUUUGAAAAUCCUUUGAUACCUCAUGUGAAAUUGUUUGUUGUGAUGUUGCACUGAAUAAUGAUAAUAAUAAUAAUUAAAAAAAAAA